AUGCAAAAACAUGACAAAUGUUUGAAAGGCCUGCCUGAGUUCAUCACUACCUAUUCGGAUUCAGCACCUACACCAUACCAGGACUAUGUCCAUCCGGUAACAGGCGUCUCGGAUUGUCCUCAACGUAAGCAUUUGUGUGAAAAUCCUAUCUACCGCCAACUAAUGGCUGAACAAUGUCCACUGACAUGCAACAAAUGUAAUGGUGCAAACUAG